AGAUGAUUUUCAAACGGUAGUGCAGAUUGUCCGAUACCGAUAGCCGUCACUGGCCGUCACCGUGCCGCAUGCAGUCGUGUCGCGAAUUGAAUUUGCAACGUUGACUAAUUUGGCUAAGAUUUGACUACAAAUACACAUUACUUUCAUCAGCCACGUAUUAGUAACCAUGGUGCUCGAUUUGGACUUGUUUCGGGCUGACAAAGAUGGUGAUCCAGACAAAAUUCGUGAGAACCAACGCAAACGGUUCAAAGAUGUGGGCUUGGUGGAUACUGUUGUCGAACAAGAUACACUGUGGAGACGAUUGCGCCACGAUGCUGACAAUUUCAACAAACUUAAAAAUGUUUGUAGCAAGGAGAUAGGGCUAAAAAUGAAGAGCAAGGAACCAGUAGGGCCGGAGGAUGAGCCAGUGCCCAAUGAAAUUGCCAAUAACCUAGUAAAUCUAACAGCUGAUCAGCUGAAACCCCUUACAGUAAAUCAAAUCAAAAAGGUUCGUAUUUUGAUUGAUGAGGCCAUAACGAGGAAUGAGCAAAACCUUUUGGCAGCUGAGAAAGCUCGUUCUGCUGCUCUCCGGGAAGUAGGAAACCACUUGCAUGCUUCAGUGCCAGUAGAUGAUGAUGAAGACCACAAUGCUGUUGAGAGAACUUAUGGGGACUGUGCCUUUAGAAAUAAAUAUUCACAUGUUGAUUUGAUUUGUAUGAUUGAUGGAAUGGAUGGUGAAAGAGGUGCAGCGGUUGCAGGCGGCCGUGGGUACUAUCUGAAGGGCCCUGCAGUCUUCUUAGAGCAGGCUCUAGUGCAACUCUCCCUAAGGAUUCUAUUGAAAAAAGGAUAUACACCUUUAUACACCCCUUUCUUUAUGCGAAAAGAGGUAAUGCAAGAAGUAGCACAGCUAGCACAAUUUGACGAAGAGCUCUACAAAGUUGUAGGCAAAGGAUCUGAAAAUAAAGGAGAUAGUGCAGUAGAAGAAAAAUAUCUAAUUGCAACCUCAGAACAGCCGAUAGCUGCCUACCAUAGGGAUGAGUGGCUACCUGAAACUUCACUUCCAAUUAGAUAUGCGGGUCUGUCUACCUGUUUCCGGCAAGAAGUAGGAUCGCAUGGUCGUGAUACGCGCGGUAUCUUCAGAGUUCAUCAAUUUGAAAAGGUGGAGCAAUUCGUCCUUACUUCGCCUCACGACGAUGCCUCCUGGAAGAUGAUGGACGAGAUGAUCGGCAAUGCUGAGGAGUUCUGCCAGACUCUAGGGCUGCCGUACCGCGUCGUGAACAUAGUCUCUGGAGCCCUAAAUCAUGCUGCUGCCAAGAAGUUGGAUCUGGAAGCGUGGUUUCCGGGAUCGGGGGCUUUUAGAGAACUGGUCUCCUGCAGCAACUGUCUGGAGUACCAGGCUAGGAGACUGCUGGUUAGGUAUGGGCAGACAAAGAAGAUGAACGCUGCCACUGAAUACGUUCACAUGUUGAACGCUACUAUGUGCGCCACAACGCGGGUCAUCUGCGCCCUAUUGGAAGCAAACCAAACCGAGGAAGGCGUCAAGGUUCCCGAAGCAUUAAAACAAUGGAUGCCUGAACAAUACCAAGAGUUGAUUCCGUUCGUGAAACCGGCACCCAUUGACGUAGAAACUGCAGCGGCCGCGAAGAAAAAAAAUAAGCAGAACGAGAAGAAAUAACCGCACAGUGAACACACGACGCCGAACCCAUUCCCGCUAGAAGAGCAUUAUUUAAUUUAUUCUUAUUUUGCUAGCAUAAUUUUUAUAUAUUGAAAGAACAGAUUAUAAAUGGGAUCACUGGA